AUGUCGCAGAAUAAUUACUACAACAACAGCAGUAAUAACAGCAAUAAUAGUGGCAGCGGUAAUGGCAGUGGAGGAAGUCGAUAUAGUGGUGGCGGAUAUUCCGGAGGGGGCAAAAAAUCGAUAAAUUAUGCCAACGGCGGCUCUUCAUAUCGAAGCGCAGAUGCCAAUGAGUGGGAUAAUUCUGGAAGGAGGAGUGGUCGGGAUUAUUACAGUGGGUAUCGUGGUUCUGGAGGAGGAGGAGGGGGAGGAAGCUCCAGUUAUAGUAGAUACGAUCAGUAUGGAGGAGGUCGAGAUAGGGAUAGACUUCCCGACAGAGGACCAGGGCCAGACCGAGAACGAGGUCCAGAGCGAGAGUGGGGCCAAGACAGAGAAAGAGGCCCAGAUAGAGAUAGGGAAAGGGGAUACAAAAGUCACGGGAAAAGUUCAUAUGUUCCUUCAAGUAACCCUAGAGAUAGGGAUAGGGAGGGAAAUAGACGGAGAUACGACAAGUAUGACUCGUACUCUGGAGCAGCUGGCUCAGGAGCCAGAAGUGGUAGUGGUUCAUCAGGCCCACCAGGAGGCUCACAUGCGACUUCUUCUACCUCUAGCACACAUAUGGCAUCUUCAUCAUUUCCAGGAUCAUCUAGCAGUGGCAGUGGACGCUAUAACAAGCCUUCUUCAGGUAGCCAGAGCGAAUAUAGACGAAACCUGCCUAUAGAAGGUACCCAGGAUCCAAGAAGAGGCUCCUACCAAGGGGAUUUCCGUAAAUCCAGUUCCAAUAGUAACAAGUCGAACUUUAGCUCAAGAAAACUGUCACCUAAUCCAAGUACAAGCUCAGCACUGGCAGUAGCAGAAUUCAAACAUGACCAAAAGAUUCAACACAUAUUUGAGGAUGAAAAUAAUGUUAACGGUGAUGUAGCUAAGCCUGAUGCUCAAGGAAAGGAAACACUACCUAAGGAUGAAAGUAAAAGUGAGGGAUCGAAUGGAGACCCUAUUAUAAGUGCUGAAUCUGUGAGCGAGAAAGACAUAAUUAGUCCUGAGUUAAAAGAGGAGACUCAGGUGGAACCUACAAAAGAUGAUACGGAACAGUCAAAUCCAACCAGCAAGCUGAAGGACUCUUCUAUCUCAAACAUUCCUAACUUAGAGAAAACCAAAUCGGACGUGGAUAUUGCCAAUUCAUCUAUGUUGUCACCAGUAGGUGAAAGUGUUGCAAUUGACGAACUGUUUUUGAGCCAUAUGGCCACUAUCAAAGAAUCAAACAAUAUCAAGGACGAAGCUGACUUAUCUGAAGCGGAAACUAUACCUUCACACUCUCCUCCUAAGGUGACCAAAGGUCGUAGACUAGUUAGAAAACUAGAAUUUGACCAAGAAAGAGAAAAAUUAAAGAGAAGGUACUAUAGCGAUGAAGACGAUGAAGACGACAAGGAUUUUUUAACUGCUGAAAAAAUUCAGAGCAAAGAUUUACAGCUGCCUGAGGGCAAAGACGAUGAGACAGAUCAACUGAAAGAUGUAUUCUCUAAAGAUAAGAAGGAUGUGAAGGAGGAAAAGGAGAACGAGGAUCAAGGUGAGAAUGAUAAAUCUUCUAAAACUAAAAUUGAAGAAGAUGAAGAAGAAGAAAAGUAUGAAGAUGACGGCAGUGAUGAGCAAAGUGAAGAUGAGGAAAAAGUAGAGGAAGAAGAAGAAAAGGAAGAAGAAGAAAUUCAUGUAAAUAAGUCUAAAUCUAAAAUCAUCGAUAGGCCCUACAAACUCAAACGAGAUUCAACUGGUAGAUCAUUACUCCAAAGAGCCUGCGGCAAGGGAAGCUUGAAAGAGGUUAAAGAUUACAUUGAGAGGGGCGCUGAUCCGAAUGAAUGUGACUACUGUGGGUUUACUUGCUUACACGAAGCUGCUCUAGAGGGCCACUCAAAGGUAGUUGAGUAUUUAAUUAGCCAAGGUGCUGACGUCAAUAAACAAGCACAGAAGGCUGGAGAUUUGGAAACACCAUUGAUUGAUGCUGCAGAAAAUAAGCAUCUCGAAACUGUGAAAGUCUUGUUAGCCAAUGGUGCCGACCCAAGAGUCUAUAACUUGGAUGGAUUCACUGCUUUGACCAAAAUCUUUAAUGAACAUGAUGGGGAACAAGGUUACGAAGAUAUCAUUCAGGUUUUGGAAGAGGCAAAUGGCAAAUUUAAUAGAGAAGAAAAAGCAGAGAGAGAUAAACUCAGAGAAGAUUUAGAAAUUCCCCGAGUAGUCGAAGAUCCUAAUGAUGUCUACUUUAGUGAUUUACUUAAGAAGAAAAACCAUGCCAACUCAAUAUAUAAGUAUGCUGCUGAAGGUAUAAAGGAAUUCACAGCAAACUACUUUGUUGAAGGAGGCAGAUUAGACCAUAAGCCAGAUAUUUUAAUCUUAGCCGCUAGAAAUGGCCACCUGGAGCUAGUUGACAUUAUUCUUGGGUUGAACCCAGGCCCUUACGAUAUUGAUCAAGAAAACGGAUGUGGAUUAACUGCAUUAGUGGCAAGUGUAGGAAGGGGACACACUGAGAUUGUCAAAUUUUUAUUGUCAAAAGGUGCUGAUCCAAGUAAAAUUAGAAGGCAAGAUGGCUUGAGCUGCUUAGAAAUUGCUCAAGGGGCUACCCACUAUGAUGUUGAAGAGGUUAAGAUUUUGCAGAAACACUUGCAAAAGCGAGGUGUCCUAGACGAACAAACUGACGAAAGGAUAGCGAACGAAAAACCCGACAUAUCGACAAGAAAGACAGAAGGGGAUAAUAAGCCAAAAGAUGCUGAUUCCAAGAAGAGAAAGUCUACUACUAUUUCGGACGAUGGAGACAAAAAGUUCAAAAAGUCCAAAUCUAAAGAGCCGGAAAAGAUCCCAGAAAAGAACCCAGAGAAGGUGCAUGAAAAGCCACUCCCUCAGCCAAAGCCCAGUAGUGUUUUUGCUAAAGAAACGACUCCCGAAAUGACUGAAAAACCUAGACCGAGAGAUCAUACACUUUCACCUAAAUCUGAAGAAGGAUCAUUUAAAAGGCCAUCUGGAUCUCUUUCUCCAGUACCAGUUUUGCAGCAGCAGGUUCUCACAAAGGAACAAGAAGAACUAAGAGUCAAGAACGCUGAAGAAGCUAGACAAUGGCAAGAAAAGGUAGAGGCUAAGAAGAGAGCUAGGCGUGAUAUGUUCUUAAGAGCUGAAAGAGAGAAAGAACGUAAGCGUAAAGAGGAUGAAGAAAGAAGAGCGAAAGAAGAAGAGGAAAGUGCCAAGGCGAAGAUCGAAGAAGACAAAAGAAAAGCUAUUGAAGAGGCCCAUAAGGUAAAAGAAAUCACAGAGCAGCGUGACACCUUGGAAAGAGAGUUGAUUUUCAAAAACUACCCCAUUGGGCUUCAACAAAUUAAUGAAGCAAUCCCAGCUGAACAAUUUGGUCCUCUUUACACUUUCAAGUUUGACAACACUGAAGAUAUAUAUGUCACCGACUUGCAAGUGGCUCUUUUGACAAGCAUUGCAACCAAUACUUUACAUGAAUCUAUUAGUCAAGCAGACUCGAUUAUACCUCUCACGUCUAUUCAAAAGUCUAAAAUAUGGAAUUUAUUUUUUCCCAUGAUUGGCAUUGAUAGAAGAAGUCCAUUCUCUGACAUUUUCAAAUUAUCUCACGAGGGCCAUGAAAAAUUUAAGAAUUUGGUGAUAAAUUUCAUCCCGCUCAGAGAAAUGAACCAUAUUACUGGAAAGAAAUUAAAUGAUGAAUACUAUGUAAGCGUUGACCUUGAGAGUCUUCAAGAAUUUUCAGAUUCAGGUCCAAAUUAUGUUGUUCCAUCAUGCGGAGGAGAUAACUUAGAAAUAAUAAUCAACUCAGAUGCUUUAUUGGAAAGCAGAUUUGUACCACCAAGACUCAGAAGGAGGGCAGAUGUAUUAAAAACACUUCAAAGUACCUCAACCCCUUUAUGGUAG